UAACUUUAUUACGAUUAACGAGCGACAUUUUUUAUUUUUAUAUUCCUUUUCUAUGCAUCUAAUUACAUAAUAUUACUAAGUUUCGGCCAAAUCGGUGAGGAGGAGGGAUCUCCUUCAGUAUUAUCGUUGUUUAUUUGCAUUAUAUAAUGCUUUUUGUAUAGUGAAGAAUCUAUUGUUCGGAGAGAAGAUGCAAAAUUUUGUUUUAUUAGUAGAGAUUGAGAGAUCAUGUGGAAAUUCUAAUAUGAUGUGAAUCCUGGAUGCACUCUAGAUCGUAGUAUGACUCAACGAAAUGUCACACACAUCUUUUUAUUCCCAAGUAGAAAAUACGACUCAACUGUACGACGGAGAUAAUCCAUUAUUUAUUUAAAAAAUUCUUAAAUAGUCCAUUAAACGCAGACCAGACUGAAGACUUGCUAUUUUUAUAGACUAUACCACUCAAUAGCAGACUUUGUUUUCUGUUACAAUUUGGAAGUCAUUUUCCCUUUUACAUUUUUUUUCUUCAAUAUUCAUCUCUUCUUGAUGAAUUUGACUACUGCUCCAGUCAUUCAUCUGUACUGAAUCGAAAUUCUACUUGGCUUGAGUUGGCUAGGCUAGGUUAGGUUAGGUUAGUUUGGAUCCGCGGUUUAAGUCAAAUACAGUGUGAUCAUGUGAAAUUAUAGCGUGGGUGUUCAUUCGGAUACGUGGAGCUACGUUAUGUUACCGAAAUUGAUCGCAUGAAUCUGGCCGAGCGCUAGAUUCAUAUUUUCCUGUAGAAGAGCUGCGAAAGAGAUUUUAAGAAAUGUAUAAAGUCAUUCUUAUUUUCUUUGUCGUCAUUAUCUUGAUACACGGAGAGGAUUAUUAUGAAAUUCUUGGUGUAAGCAAAUCAGCUGGUCAGGAUGAAAUACGGAAGGCUUUUAAAAAGCUAGCCAUCAUUCAUCAUCCUGACAAAAAUGGUGAUGAUCCAGAUGCUCAUAACAAGUUUAUUCAAUUGACAACAGCUUAUGAGAUAUUGAAGGAACCAGAUUCAAGAAGAAAAUAUGAUCUCUAUGGAAAAGAUGGGCUUGAUAUGUCUAAUAAGAAACAAACCUAUCAUUCAUGGAGUUAUUAUCAGAAUAAUUUUGAUAUAUACGAGGAUGAUCAGCAUGUUGUUACUCUAGAGAAAUAUGAUUAUUUCGAAAGUGUCAUCAACUCUGACUCAACCUGGUUUGUGAACUUUUAUUCACCAAUGUGCAGUCACUGUCAUCAUUUAGCACCUGUCUGGAAGGAAGUUGCAAAGUUACUCAAUGGUGUAGUGAAGAUUGCAGCAGUCAACUGCGAAGACAACUGGCAGUUGUGCCAUCAAGUAGGAAUCAGAGCCUAUCCUACAUUGCUUCACUUCAGAAAGAAUUCGCAGCAUGGAACACACUAUGCGGGAGGACAUUCACGAGAAGCUAUUAUGCGAUUUGCAUUAGACAGACUAAAUAUUCAUGUUCCUGAAAUAAGUAAAUCCGAGUGGAAGCUGUUUUUGCGUGGCAUGGAAAUUACUGAAAGACCAGUAUUAAUUUUUAUUUGUGGCGAUCAACAAAAUUAUUUUACAUCUGAAGAGAAGCUUAUAGUAGCGGCAAUAUUCGAUAAAGUGAUCGAUGUGAAGAUAUUUAUUUGCGAAGAUGGCAAUUGUCAUCGCAAAAUAUCUUAUAAUACACAUGCAGUCUAUCUGCCGACGUAUAAUGCAUCUUCUUGGGAACCUGUAUUUUUCGAUAACAUCCCUGACAAUAGUGCACUAAUAGAGAAACUCUUAGACCAGUUGCCAAGGCCACAGGAGCUGACCGAAAGCGAUUUUGAAAAUAUCAAAGAGACGGAGUUUGAUAUCGCUUGGCUCGUAUGCUUUUACCUUGGCGAUUCAGCGGCGGUAGAUGUACAAAUGAAAAAACUUUCGGUCAUUAAUAUCAAUUUCGGUAAAAUAAAUUGUGGCAGAAACCAACAACUUUGUCAACAGUUGGGCGUGAAUCGUUAUCCUAUAUGGGGUGUUCUUAAGCCAGGUGGAGCAUUUGAAUUGCACCACGGGAAGAACACCUACAACGACAUUAGCAAGUUCGUGCGAAUUAGUGCGAAAGCUACAAACGUUUGGGCUCUCACCGCGGAGGAAACAUUGUCGAUACUACAAAGAAAAAGUGAAAACGAAGUAUGGUUCUUAGAUUGGUACGCGCCAUGGUGUCCACCUUGUGUACAUUUUUUGUCAGAACUUCGCAGAGCAUCAUUAGAAUUCGAUAUGUCAAUAGUUCGUUUUGGUACCAUCGAUUGCACCGUCCAUACUGUCCUAUGUCGUCAAUACAAUAUAUACUCUUACCCUACCGCGAUGCUCAUCAACGGCAGCAGUACAUAUCAAUUUACAACACAAACAACGGCUGCGAACGUUAUCCAAUUUAUCAACGAGAGAAGAGACCCCUCAGUAAUAGAAUUAACGUCGGAGAAUUUUUAUCGCGAAUUGGCGAAGAAGAAGAGUAAAGUUAUGUGGAUCAUUGAUUACUUUGCACCAUGGUGUGGACCGUGUCAGCGAUUGGCAUCCGAGUGGAUAACUGUUGCAAAGUCGUUGAGCGACUUGUCGUUUACGAAUGUGGCUAGUGUGAAUUGUGAGAUUGAGGCUUCCUUGUGCGCGUCUCAGGGAGUGCGUUCAUACCCCAACAUUAGACUGUACCCGAUAGGAAGCGAGGGUUUAAGUACGGUUGCCUUGUACAAUGGACGACGAGAUUCAUUAUCCAUAUUAACGUGGAUAACGACGUUUUUUCCAAAGAAAGUACGUGAUUUGAAACCUUCGGAAUACCACGAAGUACUGAAUAGUAAGCAUACAUGGAUCGUCGAGUUUUAUGUACUACGUUGUGGCCAUUGUCAGAGAAUGGAACCUCAGUUUGCAAUUGCCGCCCAGUUAGUGGAAAAAGUACGAUUUGGAAGAAUCAAUUGUAAUCUUUACAUGCACGAUUGCAUGGAGGCAAAUGUACAAGUAUUUCCUACAUUAAUAUUAUACAAACCCAAACAGAGAAGAAACAAUAGGUACGAUGGUUUCAAAAUAACUGGAGCGACAGCUAAUACGAUAAGAGAUGAAAUUUUAGAGAUUGUUACUUCUCGUAUGAAACAUGACGAACUAUAAUAUAGACCAAGUGCCUAAAUUGAGAUUAAUAUAUUUUAGUAAUGUACUUAUUUAUAAUUGAUAAUGCUCCACUGCUAUAAUCAGUGCUUGCAUAUUUGUACUUCUCUUCCAAAUGGACGAAAAUGUCAAUUAGAUAAGAUGUAUCUGUAGUCCUAUUAUGUGAUACUUUUGUAUUUAUAUUUUAUAUUUUAAUGUUUAUUGAUAAUAAUAGUAAUAAUAAUAAUAA